AUGAUUUCGCCACUACAUUUCUUGGAGGUUAAACUGGGCAAGAGGCCCCAGCCAGUGAAAAGUGAGGUGAGUUUCAAAAAGGGCCUGUCAGGUGCCAGCUGUUUCUGUAUGCUAAUUCCUUUGUGUUGUCCAUAAGGAAUAGUGUUCACAGGCCUUUGCACACCCACCCACCAAAAUGAGAAUCGAAUAAGUCAGCUACCAUGAACUGUAACUCUAGCCCCUAAUACAACUUUGAAAACAAACAUAGCUGCUGAUUUUGGGCAUGUGUGUGUGCUGCACACCUUUAGUUUCGUUGAACCUUUCUUUUUUCCCUUUUUGUUGUUGUUGUGGAGGUGUCGGCCAUUGGAAACUGGGGCACUACUGACUGCUGUUUUUAUACUGACUGUUCUUUUUAUAUAGGAAGCUAUGAAUUUUAUGGUGUUUACUUUUUAAAUUGUACUCAUCUCAAUCUCAAACCUUUAUUGGCAUAUAGACAAAAUUCCUAAAGGUUCAGUGCAAUAAAAUCACUUGGCAAAAUCGGCAUCUAACAUUUAAAAUACUCUUGUAUAACAUUGACGGAUCCUCAUUGCGUGCUGCAGAAACCUGGCUACAAUUUCCGUCUUAUCCCCAUCCUGGAUAAACAUUAGGAAGGCUACCUUACAUUCAUCUGACUACCACUCCCUGCUAACAACCAACUGAUUAAUGAACUUGUUGGUUUAACAAUCAAUCCCUCUUCCCAGAGAGCUCUGCGAAUUGUAGCUCUGGGAGGAGAAUAGGGGUCUCCUAAGAACUCUCAGUACCCUUAGCAAACUACAGCCCCCAGAAUUCUUUGAGGGAAGCCAUGACUGUUUAAAGUGGUGUCAUAGUGCUUUAAAUGUGUGGUAUGAAUGUGGCUUUAAUUUUCUAUGAAAAGCCACAGGGAACGUGGGGGGGGGGGGCUUGUCCCAAAGGUACUUGUGAACCUCUUUAAUACAAUCUUGCAUUUCAUGUUCAGUGUGUUUGGGUCCAUACAUUGGCUGCGUUCAGAAGCCAGAAGUUGUGGCUAAGCAAAUUAGUGUGUGCCCAGGCAGCAGGCUUGUGCAUUCAGUUCACACUUCACUUCUCCCUAAGUCGAGUGGGGAAACAAACCAUCGAUCAAGCAGGGAAACAAGCCCUGGAUUGGCUGGCUUGGUGCCGCCUCUUAAUUGGCCCUUGUCCUUUGUUUCUUCCAGCAAAGCACCACCAUGGAGCCAAGAACAAACCUUGGCUUCAGAUUGUGGUUAGCUUGAAGAUAAUGUGGUGCCAGGCAUGGUUUCUUUCUCUUCUGGAGAAAGGGAAGAGUAAGCAGAAGAGCUUGAGCUGCAUGCAGAGCCUAAUUUGCUUAACUGUGAUUUAUGGUUUAGUGUUGCAUCCAAACAUAGCCAGCCACUUUCUCAAGAAAUUGCAAAACUGCUUUAAGGAAAUAUUGUUCCAUCCUACCAGCUUUCUGCAAUUAACUGUCAGAUUGGUCAACAAAUGCUUAAUCACUAAAGAGCUAAUGUCACAGCCAAGAGUAUGAGCUGUGAGCCUGGAAGUCCCAAUUCAAAUCUCACCACCUCUACUAACUCCUCAGACAGCAAGGUAGUAGUACUGGAAUAGCUCUAGAGGGAACCAGCAUGGCAGAGUGAUUAGUGGGUUGAACUUGAGCAAUUGAGACCCAUGUUCUUUAGAUGUGCUUCAGGCCUAUCUAUUCCUCUCAGCCAUUAAAUUCACUUGAUGAGCUUCAGCCAGUCAUGCAUAUCUCACCCUAACCUACCCCACAGGGUUGUUUUGAGGACAAAAGAGGGGAGAGGGAGGACCAUGCAUGUUGCCAUAAGCUUCUUGGAGGAAGAGUAGGAUGUGUAUACAGUGGUACCUCGGGUUACAGACGCUUCAGGUUACAGACUCCGCUAACCCAGAAAUAGUACCUUGGGUUAAGAACUUUGCUUCAGGAUGAGAACAGAAAUCGCGUGGCAGCGGCGCAGCAGCAGCUGGAGGCCCCAUUAGCUAAAGUGGUGCUUCAGGUUAAGAACAGUUUCAGGUUAAGAGCGGACCUCCGGAAUGAAUUAAGUUCUUAACCCAAGGUACCACUGUAAUAAAAUGGCCCUGUAAAUAAUCCCAUGUAUGUAAUUCCUACGGCAUUCAGUGGAACUUACUCACAAGUAAGUGCGCAUAGGCUUACAUUAUUAGUCAAGCUUAGCCAUUAAUUAGUCAAGCUAGUGGUCUUUUUAGUUUCAGCCCCACCCCCAGUCUCCCUACUAACACCUGUAAGUUAUUAUAAAAAGAUGAGGGUUGGUAUUUCUUUCAAGUAAUUAGUGAUGGCUUUUAUUUAUGCAACUAUAAGUUUUUUCACCCUCAAGAGAGCUUUCAUUUCUUCUGUUAUCCUCAAAAUGGCACACGCAUUGAGGAUUUGGGUAAUGGUGUAGUUUGUAUUUAAUCUAUCUUCUAAGCCAAUUAAAUUUAAUCACUUAAUCUUUUGAUAGCCUUGGAUACUUUCUGUUGUUCCUAAAGGCUCCAUGCUCUGGUCUGGAGAGAGCAUCCCUAAGCCUACAAGAAGCCCAGAUGAUGCCACUCUUCACUGAUGCCAUUCAGCAAGCUCGGACUAGCCUGCUGGAGAUGCAAAGAGUUUAAAAUAAACAAUAUGAAUAUUAUUUAUUUUACAGUUAGUGUAAUUUAUGAUUAUUUUGAUUAGCAGAGGAAAAAAGGUAGAUUAAUUUGCUCUUUCCUCAAGAGUUUGGAUACCAAAUAGAUGUUUUGUUCAGGAGCGGAGGUUAAGACUUCUUUACGAAUUAGCAAGUGCUAUAAGUACUGUCAGGGAACUGCCAUCAGCUCAGAGGCGAGAGGCGGAAGGGCAGCUGGGUUACAGGGAGCCUCCAAAGAUCAUGAGAAGCAGCACUUCCACCGCGGAGGAGGGAAGCCCCGCCUCUAGUGGGGAAGGGAUGCAGGGCUCGGAGGAUGCAAGAGAGAGCCAAGACACCAUGCAUGAGCAAAGCGGGGGGGAGGCAGGUUCCCCCUUUAGCCACGCCCUCUCUGAGCAGUAGGUUGACGUGCAGAGAGGGGAGGCGUCGGAUAGGGGUCAAGAGACUACUCUGCUGGGGAAAGUUUAAGGACCGCCCACUCUCUGAUUCUGCUAGUGACUGAGCAAGACAUGGAAUUGAGACGUUCUGUGCUGUAAAUGUUUUUGCACCAAUAAUAAAGCCUUUGAAAAGACCAGUGGGGAUCUUGCCUGUUCGCUCUUGAGCAACCACACUGGUAGGCAUAACAAGUACCAAUGUUGAAACUGAAAUGAAAACGAAUUGCAAAUAUAUGGGCACUCUCACCCAGGGAUGGGGAAUCUGUGGUCCUCCAUCCCUGAUCAUGGGUCAUGGUAGCUGAAGCAGAUGGGAACUGGAGGCCCACAGGUUCUCCAUCCCUUCCCUAAUACUCAAAAUUAUGCAACAUCUAAAAAAAUAUUUUGUGGUCAGUAGGUCAGUGUUACGUGCAUGCCUCCGUGUGAAAGCACUCUUGGAGAGAGGAAUUCAACAUUGUUCUGUUUAUUCUGUCAGCUUGCCCAACAGAACGAUGAAAUGGGAUUUGCCCCCCUCCUCCCUCAUGGGCUGUCCUGGGGGGUUCUUGAGACACUCCAGAGCCAAUUUUGGGGGGGCACACUCAGGGAAGAGGGGGACAAAUCCCACUGCACUAGUGGGACAUGUUAUGCUGGCUCCUGCCAGUGCACCUCCUAGAUUAAACCUCAGACUCAACUAUAAGCUGCAAUCUUGGCAAAGCGCCUCAAGGCUGCGAUUCUAUACACAUGCACCUGGGAACUCCAUGGGAUCUGAUUUUGCAUGAACGUGAAUGGGAUUGCCCCACACGUCAGGGUGAUAAUUGGCAGAAAAAUGCAGUAAUACAGAAAGUGAUGAAGGAUUUUGACUGCGUUGGGCAGCAGAGGGGCAAAAGGAGGUUGAAAGGCGCCAGCAGUAGUAAGCACUGACACAGCCGGGAAGGGAGGGCAAAUAGUAAUGGAGGUUACCGCCCACACACUUCGCCUGCGCUUUCUGCUUGUGUGGUGCCACCUUGAGAAAACCUCGUCUUACUGUUUAUAGCAGAGAAUUCCCCCGGAGGCAGACGGCAAGAACAGUCGCCAUAGUCAAAGUCCUCAGUCAAGAGCGUCUUUAUUUCUUGACUGGCCACACAAGCAUCUAUAUUACAAAUAUAUACAAACUAUUUACACGCCUUCUCUAUCUUUCCAGCUCAGUAAACUCAGGGUGUGUGUGUGCUUUCCUUGUCCAGCUUGCAACUUCCUCCCUUUAUUUGCACCUCCAGCUGACGCCAGUCAAGCCAACAGUGCUACUCCCACACACUAAAGAAAACUCUGGAACCUUCUUUGAAGCUUCCAGGAACUUUUAUCUGUCUCUUGAAGAAUGUUUUCCUAACAGAUAAUCCUGGGAAGACUACAGUGACCUGGUAUCAAAAGAGGACCCUGUGGGAGAACAACCUUGUGGUUUUAUAGCUAGGGUUCUGCAGGCCUGGACUGGGACUUAACCAAACAGCUCCAUGCAAGAGGCGCGUACCGAGGUUUUGUCCUGAGCUUCUUUCAAGGAGGCUGUUGCAUUGCCUUUUCUGCUUCUUUUGUCUGGUUGUAAUGGUGUGCCUUUCCCUUUAGCUAGAUGAAGAAGAAGAAAGGAGGAAAAGGCGCCGAGAGAAGAACAAAGUAGCAGCUGCUCGGUGUCGGAACAAGAAGAAGGAGAGGACAGAGUUUCUGCAGCGGGUUAGUACCGUAUCUUCCAUGGUGUAGUGGUUAAGAGCAGUGGACUUGUAAUCUGGUGAACCGAGUUCGAUUCCCUGCUCCUCCACGUGCAGCUGCAGGGUGACCUUGGGCCAGUCACACUUCUCUGAAGUCUCUCAGCCCCACUCACCCCACAGAGUGUUUAUUGUGGGGGAGGAAGGGAAAGGAGAUUGUUAGCCGCUUUGAGACUCCUUCGGGUAGUGACAAAGUGGGAUAUCAAAUCCAAACUCCUCCUCCUCCUCCGUCCUCUCCCCCCUCUCUUUCUCACUGCCAGCACAAGGACUUCCGCCUCUCCACAGCUUCAUUUUCUUGCCCAGAGCAUGCUUUUAAGAUGGGCAAAAAUAUCUUGAGGAAAUCCCAUUUCGUUGGAAACUCUUGUUUUACUCCUCUGUGUGAGAUGUGAACAAUGAACAACUAGGGUAUGAAUCCAGUAAGGCAGAGGUGGAGAAUCUGUGGCCCUGCAGUCGUCGUUUAUGUAUAUAUAAUUUUUAUUAAAUUUUCUGUUCUACAAUUUAAAAUACUCAUUUUACAUCCUUAAGAUAUCAGUGACUUCCCUUCUUCUCUUUCCAUGGUUCAUUUUACAUAUCAUAAAUCCCUGCAUAUUUUACAAGAACUAUACCAAUCAGUAUUCCAUUAUUGCAUCCAUCAAAACUUAUUUACACUGUUGAAUUUAUCUUAAUGCUGCCAGCAUUUUUCACUGUACACAAUUAAUUCCCAUAUAUUCGAUGAACGUUUUCCAAUCUUCUUUAAACGUACGUUGUUCUUGUUCUCUUAUUCUAUGUUAGAUCUGCAAGUUGUGCAUAUUCUGCCAACUUAAGUUGCCAUUCUUCUUUGGUUGGGACCUCGCUUGUUUUCCAUUUUGGGGCUAACGAAACACGGGCCGCAGUUGUAGCAUACAUAAAUAGCCUUUUUUAACACUUGGGAAUUUCAGUCUGAAUUAUCCCCAACAAAAAGGACUCUGGGGUUUUUUUUGGGGGGGGGAGGGGAGUACUUUUAAACAUUUUUCCCCAAUUCGUUAUGGAUCAUUUCCCAAUACCCUUUUACAAGUCCAGUCCUGCAAUCAUUGUUGGACUACAACUCCCUUCACCCGUGAUCAUUGGUCAUGUAGGCUGGUGCUGAUGGGAACUGCAGUCCAGCAAUGUUGCCAGGGCUACCGGCUCCCCGUUGCUGCAGAAAGAAGCUGGAGAGGACCCCUGCAUGUGACAGUUGUGUGUGUGUCAGGUGAUGCUGGGGCUUCUGAAUGCAUUGGUCAAGAAAUUAACCCCCCCCCCUUGUUUCUCUGGUUCCUGCUUAGGAAUCUGAACGCCUGGAGCUCAUGAAUGCCGAGCUGAAGGCCCAGAUCGAGGAGCUGAAACAAGAGAGGCAGCAGCUGAUCCUGAUGCUGAACCGCCACCGCCCCACCUGCAUUGUGCGGACAGACAGUGUCAAAACCCCAGAGAACGAGGCCAACCCGCUGCUCGAGCAGCUGGAGAAGAAGUGA